GUCAGGAACCAGUCCAGUCCAGUCCAGCCCCUCUCCAUCUCUCCCCCUUUCCCCUCCUACUCAUUCUCCUGCCUGCUUCUUCCCCCCUCUCUCCCCCCUGGCUCCCUCUGCCCGCAUCACCGCGUACCUGAUACGACGCGGCCGAAUUCCCCCACCCAUCAUGUCUCUGGUCCCCGUCGACACGACGCUGCAAGUGCCCCCUCCGGACCCGGUCCAGGAACCGCCCAAGGUGGCCAUCACACCUUGUGACCCAUGGCCGGCUCCCUACUACUUCGAAGGUGGUCUGCGUCGCGUCAAGCCAUACCACUACACCUAUAACACCUUUUGCAAGGAGCGCUGGAGGGGCCGAGAAUUGGUCGACAUCUUCCUCUCGGAAUUCCGCGAUCGUCCGGCCGAGUACUACAGAAAAGCACUCGCAGAUGGCCUCGUCACCGUCAACGGCAAGCCAGCCGGCCCCGAUACCGUCGUCAAAAACGGCGAGAUUAUUUCGCAUACCCUGCAUCGCCACGAACCCCCCGUUACCGGGAAGGAUAUCGGGAUCAUCCACGAGGAUGAGGACUUGAUCGUCAUUGAUAAGCCUGCUGGCGUGCCCGUCCACUCCGCUGGUCGAUACCACUACAACUCCGUGCUCGAGAUCAUGCGCUCGCAUCGCGGUUCCGAAUGGAUUCCCCGACCCUGCAACCGUCUGGACCGACUCACCUCCGGAGUCAUGUUCCUUGGAAAGACACCCAAGGCGGCGGAGAACAUGACCAACAAGCUCAAGGCCCGCACCCUCCAGAAGGAGUAUGUAGCGCGCGUCAAGGGAAAGUUUCCCGACGGAGUCAUCGUCUGCGACCAGCCCAUCAUGUCCGUCAGCCCGAAGGUAGGCCUCAACCGCGUUCGCGCGACCGGAAAGGAAGCAAAGACCAAGUUCCGUCGUCUGGCGUACAUCCCUCCUCAAGCCCCCGAGCCUCAGCCUGUUGGUGUGGACGGACGGCCGGCGACGCCGCCCCCGGUCUGGUCCAACGAAAACGAAGGAUACAGUAUCGUACAUUGCCUGCCCUUGACUGGACGGACACAUCAGAUCCGCGUGCACCUCCAGUUCCUCGGCCACCCUAUAUCCAACGAUCCGAUCUACUCCAAUCGCAAGGUCUUUGGACCUGAUCUUGGCAAGAACGAGACGACCGACGAGCGCGACGGAGAGCUUAUUGAUCGACUAUGUAAUAUCGGCAAGACGGAAGUCCCCGACACGGUGAGCUACCGGACACACCUCACUGCGGCGCCGUUGGUCCCACCCGGCACGGACAGCUCUGUUGUGGAGCAGAUCAUGUCGCGCGAACACGAAGCCGCCGUGGAGAGAUACCAUAAGCGCAAGGGUGAAAUGCUGUCUGGCGAGAGAUGCUCGAUUUGCGACACAGAACUCUACACGGAUCCUCGGCCCGAGGACCUGGGUAUCUUCCUCCACGCUGCGGCGUAUUCCGACAAGGAGGACGGCUGGAAGUACACCAGCGCAAUGCCCAGCUGGGCCUUGCCGCCGGACGGCGUGGAGGGUCCGCGCCAGAUGCCCGACUGGAUAUUUGGCCCGGAGGAAGACGAGAUCAUCAUCGGACAUGGCGUUGUGCCCGACCUGGGGGAUGGUUCUGAGCCGAAUAUCCCUGCCCUCGUGCAGGGUGUUGGCCUGGUUGACAUCUCCUCCGGUAGAAAGGCCGAUGCUGCUGCUGCUGCUGCUGCGGCAGCAGUUUAGGUUGGAUGAUGGUGCAUGAUUGGCGUUACCAUUAGAUCUACUAUGUAUUAGACUCGUGAGAUGGAUUAGCCAUCUGCUUGAUACCAUGAUAGACAGUUACAUCUACC